AUGACCACGUGAGCGCUUUUUUUGAAGGUCCUCAAUAAUGCUUUCAUUCAAUAUUGAAACUUCAGGAAAGUCACUAUGAAUGGCAAAUCGUACUUUGGCGUGCAGUUCAGCAUGCGGGAAGUCCUUGGGCCUUGUCAGAAGCUUCGAAUGUUUAUUAAAAACGCCGUCUCGUGGAGCUCGGACGUAAGAAUCGACUUCAAUCGGCUUUUUUUUCACGAAGCGUUCUUUUGAGAUCCAACGCGCCAGAGUUGUAUGCAGAUGUGAGGAGACCGUGGACAUUUUUCGCCUAGAACGACCUUUUUGAUCUUUUUGAAAUGCCCUAUAAAAUAAAUAAACACACAGAGAAAUCGUACAGCAUAUUAACCUGAGGGUCGAGCUCAACUGUAUAAAAACCAAAAAAAAUACGUUUUCCUCCUGUUUUCCAUGAAGUCCGCCAUUUUUCUCGUUAUGUCUUUCGCCACUUUUACAAUCACAGAGGUAACGAGGACCUUUUUAUAAGAAACACUUCUUUUUCAGGCUUGUCAUUCCUCAGUCAUGAUGGACUCUACGACGCAAAGGUCAGAACAAUUUAGCGAUAACUGAGACAUUUGAAUUUCAGAGAUUGUGAAACUAGGGCCGUAAUUAUUUUGAAAUCUACGUACAUCUGGGACGAGCAGAGGACUGGAGUCUACGAGAAAAAAUUCUCGAAGAACUUGAAGGACCUCCAGACUUACAGCCACACGAGCAUCGACUCGUUUGGCGAAAUUACACGACAAGUUGUGUAAGUUUUUUCUUCAUUUAUCUCUGCAUGAACUUUUUUAAAAUUUCUUUUAAGUAAACUUGAAGCUCCAAGAGGCUCUAUUUACGGAGAGCGUGUUACCGUCGAGAAGUUAUCGAAAGAUUGCGCGGAUGUUCAAGAAGUCGUACGAAAAGCAGUUUCGUGGAGCGACGAUGUUCGUUUGAAAAGAAUUUUCCCUUUUUACGUAAUAGUAGAACCCAAAAUUUUUUUUCCAUUUUCAUUGCAGAACAGUCGACCGAUUUCUUCACCAAGUGGAAUUUGUUUCAGAUUCCAACAGCCACGAUUCACUGCCGCUGCAACCCGGCCAAGGACAUUUUUAAGUUGACCUCGACCUCUCCAGCCAACACUCCUUGA